AAAACAAGAUUAUUUUUCUUACCCCAUUGGCAGAUCAUUUUGCUCAUUUUAAGCAAAAACUCACUUAAAUUUUAUUUCUGAGUGAAACAGACUAUCGAAAAUAAUUAAAAUUAGGGUGUGAUCUUGGUUCAGUCCACUUACUCUUGAUUGGAUGGAGGCAGAUCUGAAUGUGAGUUUUGCAUUUGACUGAAGGGGAGGGGCUUAUCCAGACAAAGUGAAACAUUUUCUUGACUGUACAAAGCUAAUCAAUAUUUAAUUGCGAACACCUUAAUAUUUAAGGCAAGCACCAUUCGAUCUGUGAUUAGUUUGCUUGUCUAUCAUCAUUGUCUCUGUACCAUGAAAGCAGAGAUCUAUAUUUGAAUCUGCCACAUGCCAGUGAUGCCACUGAAUUACACAUGCACAGAGGCUUUCACACAAAAACUCACACACGUCUCUCACACUUCCUUCCUCUUGCAGUUACUCGCAAUCCUGUCUAUGUCUAUAUGCUGCUUGUUGGUUCCGUAAUUGUCAUACAGCUUCUGAGAAGUGUUUGUGAACUGCUACUGCUCGUCUUUUUGGAAUACGGCACCCUUAAAGUAACUUGAAUAGUUGAGGAGCCUUUUUUGCGACAAAACAAUAACAGGGAGAGUGGCUUCUGAACCGGUAGAGGACACUGAUCCCAGCAGCUUCAUUACAGAUAUGUCUCUAAGGUCAAAUUACCCUGUUCAGGUCACUGAUCCACAAGGUAUCAGAGAUCCUGUAACCUUACAGCUCAGCUCUGUUCCCCCUGGUUAUCUGUCAUCAGCGGUGGACAGAAUACGACAGCCUGUGGAAAAUGACUCUACUGAAUUUAUUUCAUCUGCUUCUGUUUCAUCAGACUUUAGUAAAGAACAUAAGUCCUGUAAGGAGUGUUUGUGUUCUGCCCCUCCACCCAAAAUCAGUGACCUGAUGAACGACGAAGACCUUCUGUACACUCUAAGGCUGAAGCUGGACCCAACUCACUGCACUGUCAAAAACUGGAAGAACUUUGCAAGCCGCUGGGGGAUGAGCUAUGACGAGCUCACGCUUCUAGAGCAGCGCACACACGGUCCCACCUACCACAGUCCCACUCAAGAGUUCCUCCUGCGCUACAACCAGAAACCUGUGACGGAGCUCACUGAACUUUGCCAGCUUUACCAGCGCAUCGAUGUGCUGCGAUUGCUCCAGAGGUGGAUGGAGAACGACUGGCCCUCACGCUGGCAGAAUGCCCAUUAGCUGGGACUUGGCAAUAACUGGAUCUUAAUGAAUGAAACGUGUUCGUAGAAUCUGAAAUUCAUGACUGCAAGGAUGGACAGCAGGCCAGAAAACACACUAGUGAUCAGUGGUGGUACAAAGACAGUGUUUACAAGGUUGUACACUGGACUUAGUUUAUUUUGAACUUUUGGCUGAUGUCAUCACUCCAAGUGUCACACAUUGGGUCACAUCUUUGAAAUACAGAUAUUAGCUAUGUGAUUAAAGGGUGAUCAACAAAAAUAAGCAGUGGCGCCCCAGCACUUCAGGGGGAAAUGGCAAGAACACUCAGGUGUGACUAUACAUUUAGAUUCUGUCUGGAAAUUCUACGUCAUUCCAGUCAUACACUGUUUAAUUUAUUUUUAAUACAAACAGCCAUCUGCUUGUGCUGUGCCACUUGUUGGUGGUUUUAUGAAGUGUCCUUAAAUUAGUAACAUUUCUGAUGUUGAGUCAUUGUGCUCAGUAUCCAAAUGAGUUUUGAGACAGUUUCUCACCUUGAGUCUUGCCUGCACUAGUAAUGGUCUAUGAAUUAUUCACAAAGGAGUGGCUGGUCAGGACACACGAACUGAAUCUCCUUCAUUUCAGCUGUAGUUCAGCUUCCUAUAUUUUCUCAUUGCAUCAAAUCCUGCAAUAAGGCAUUGACAGUAUAUCCCAGGAAAAAUGAGGUUAGAGGUAGUUCAUGAUUUUGAUUAAUGCCAAAUCGCAUUUAGAUGACGGCUAUUUUGCUGUUGAUUCAAGUCUAUAAAAAUUAAAACAACAGAAAAGACAAGAGAAUUGAUGAGGUAAAGAAAGAUGUUUACCGUUGGCAUUGUUUUAAUUAUAGUCCUAGCUACAAGUAUAUGGUACAGGAUGGUGUGCUUUGUUGGCCUGAUUUAUGCAACCAUGAAUUUGUCUAUAAACCAUUUGUUGAAUUGAAUGCAAGAUGUAAAAAUAGUGAAAUUCGUUCUGCUCGUGUUCUAUGAAUGAGACUCGUUCUGUGGGGAGGGUUUGUAAAGGAGUCAGUUAAAGAUUCAAAAUUUAAAACAUUGUGAUAUAUAUUCAAAUUCCCAUUGCACUGCUUACUGAGCACUUGAAUUUAAUAUCAUGUUAUGAAUGGCACUUAAAAAUGAAUUUUUUUUCCCCCCUGUUAUCUUGAGUCUUUAAGAAAGAUUUAGCAUGUCUCUGAGAAAGGAGCAGAAAAAUAGCAGUGUAACUGCAGAGUACCAUGGAUCUGGAAGUUGAUUGGACUUGCUUAAAGGGUUAGUUCACCCAAAAAUUUAAUUUCUGUCAUUAAUUAUUCACCCUCAGACCCUUAAGACCUUUGUUCAUCUUCAGAACACAAAUUAAGAUAUUUUUGAUGAAAUCCGAGAGUUUUUUUUUUUUUUUUAUCCCCCAUAGAAAGUCGUGCUGCUCAUGUGAACUGCGUCGGCCAAUACUGAGUGGGCGUUCUGACAUAGAACCCGAAGUCUGCACUGUCUAUACAACGUAAACACCAUAGGAGAAUGACAGGGUAGAGAAGAUAUUGUUGAUUAAAGUCAUUAUUUUUGUUUUGUUUUUGCGCACAAAAAGUAUUCACCCUCAUGUCGUUCCACACCCGUAAGACCUUCGUUCAUCUUCGAAACACAAAUUAAGAUAUUUUUGUUGAAAUCCGAUGGCUAUUUUAACAAUGUCUUUACUACUUUUCUGGACCUUGAAUGUGGUAAUUAUGUUGCUUUCUAUGGGGGAUAAAAAAACACUCUGAUUUUAUAAAAAAAAAUAUCUUAAUUUGUGUUCCGAAGAUGAACGAAGGUCUUACGGGUUUGGAACGAUAUGACGGUGAGUGAUUAAUGACAGAAAUUUCAUUUUUGGGUGAACUAACCCUUUAAACAGUCUGAGCUGUUUUAAAUUAAAUUUAAUUAUCGAAAGUAUUUGAUAGUUUCAAAAAUGCAGGUUGUGGCGGUUUCAGAAUUCGUGGUCAAAUGUCAAUUACAAUGCAUAUAGUAGGGUUGGUUUUGACAACAUUACCUCUUCUAAACAAGAUUCUUUUUGUCUUCUUUAAAAAGUGGUUGGUUUUGUGCUUUUAAUUUCCUGUGUCUGAAUUUUAAAGCCACAUCUGUUUGUGUGCAUCAGAGGUUCUCUGUAUAAAAUAAAACUUUUAUGUGCACAGUA